AUGGCCUGCGGCGGCGGCGGCGGCAUUUUCAGCCUAGCGCUGGGCUACGUCGUCAACGAGUUCUUCGUCCAGGGCCUCGCCAACAACCGUGCCUUCCAGAGGUUUGCUGUGAGGACCAACAAGACUUUCGAGAAUCUCUCAUCUAGAGUUAAACAAAUGAGGGAGGUGUCAGAGCAAAUUAGGGAUCCUCGUGGGCAUGAUAAUGUUACUGAAUAG